UUGCUCCAUUGGAGAGGUUCGCCACUUCUCUGGAAUUUGAUUCCGUGCUUUGGUUGUAGCAUCUAAGAGCGACAGAGUUUGCUCCUGCCUCAUUUUGAAGUACAUCUUAGGAGGUUCUGUUUUGCCCGUAGAGGAGGGAUGUCUUGAAUUUUUACCCGGAUGGAUUCAAGAAGCCAUUCUGAAUUUUUACUUUUGCGGUUCCUAAUCACAGGGCUCGUCAGUCGAUUCGCUAAUGGCCCUGGAUCUUGGAAAAUGCCCUUUCAUUUAUAUGUAUGAAGUAGGUGGUAGCACGUGAGUGGCCAGACACAACAGAACAGAAAAGUAACGAAUUUUAAGAUAUGCUCGCUUAGAAACGAUUGGCCGUGUCUUAAACUGUUUGCAUUAUUGAUAUGUUCAAAAGGUGUGACAGUGACAACGAGUCGGGAAAGGGAGUCCAUGAUUGAUUUCAUUAGUACCUUGGUAUAUAUUCUUGAUUAGUAUUGCAGAUCUAAGUGCACUCAAGAAAGGGAUAGAAAUGGCAAUCUUGUUCUGGUCGAGCAUGUAUUCUUUAUCAUCCAAUUCACUGCAGAUUGUCGGGUAGUUAUUCUGUCAGUUGUGUUGAACCUGGUUGCCAAGCUGCCUCCUUAGUCUCCCAUAGAGUUUUAGUCCACUUGACUUCUGUACUCUGAAUCGUCUCAAUCAUGCUCAAAUUUUCUUGUUGACACAUGCUGAACUUGGCUGCCAAGCUAAUGCCCUCUGUUUCCUCUCGAUUUCCUGUUGGAAUUUGGCUAUAUAAUAUUGGUGAAAUCCAUUGGUAUCUUCUUCCACGUUCGUGUUAAAUAUCCCUUCAUUUCACUUGUGAACACCUACCUUGUUCAGAAGUAGAGUGUGAAGUUCCAAGCAUGCUGCCAAACAUGGAGGAGCCCCUUGUUGGGGGCAGGAGUGAGAAGACAGGAGGGCCAGGAGAGAGCCUCCUAGUGAUUGAGGUCAAGAAGCAGUUGUACCUUGCCGGGCCUCUAAUCGUCGGAAGCCUCCUGCAGAACGUCGUCCAGAUGAUAUCAGUCAUGUUUGUGGGUCAUCUCGGUGAGCUCGAUCUCUCGAGUGCCUCCAUCGCCACCUCCUUCGCCGGUGUCACCGGCUUCAGCUUGUUGGCCGGCAUGUCGAGCAGCUUGGACACACUGUGUGGGCAAGCCUUCGGAGCAAAGCAGUACCAUCUUCUUGGCAUCUACAAGCAGAGGGCAAUCCUUGUGCUCACUCCUCUGAGCGUCGUGGUUGCUGUGAUAUGGGCAUACACUGGCCAGAUCCUCCUCUUCUUCGGCCAGGACCCUGAGAUUGCCAUGGGAGCAGGGAGCUACAUCCGUUGGAUGAUCCCGGCGCUGUUCGUCUACGGCCCGCUACAGUGCCAUGUCCGGUUCCUACAAACGCAGAACAUCGUCCACCCGGUGAUGCUGAGCUCAGGUGUCACCGCACUGAACCAUAUCUUGGUGUGCUGGUUGCUGGUUUACAAGCUUGGCCUGGGCAACAAGGGUGCUGCCUUGGCCAAUACAAUCUCUUACCUGACCAAUCUGCUCAUCCUGGCUCUCUACAUCAGGCUCUCUCCAUCCUGUAAGAGGACUUGGACAGGGUUGUCAAUGGAGGCGUUUCGCGACAUCCUUAGCUUUUUGAGGCUUGCCGUUCCAUCUGCUCUCAUGGUUUGUUUGGAGUGGUGGUCAUUUGAGCUGCUUGUACUUUUUUCUGGAUUUCUUCCAAAUCCUAAGCUCGAGGCGUCGGUGUUGUCCAUCAGUUUAAAUACUCUUUCACUAGUAUUCAGAAUCCCAUCUGGGCUUGGUGCAGCUAUAAGCACCCGAGUAUCAAACGAGCUUGGCGCUGGGCGGCCUGAGGCUGCCCGUUUAGCGACCCAUGUGAUCAUGGCUCUGGGUCUUGUGUCGAGCGUAUCGGUCGGUCUUGCUAUCAUUUUGGUGCGCAAUUUAUGGGGGUACGCGUACAGCAACGAAAAGGAAGUGGUGGAAUACAUUGCCAGAAUGAUGCCAAUUCUUGCCAUGACAUUCUUGUUUGAUGACCUGCAGUGUGUCCUUUCAGGUAUCGUUAGGGGCUGUGGCUUCCAGAAGAUUGGCGCGUAUGUCAAUCUCAGCGCGUACUACCUUGUCGGCAUCCCCGCGGCUUUAUAUUUUGCUUUUGUGUACCAUCUUGGUGGAAUGGGGCUGUGGUUCGGAUUAACCUGCGGGCUUGUCGUGCAGACAGUGUUGCUCCUGUCCAUCACCCUGCGAACCAACUGGGACAAAGAAGCUUUGAAGGCAAAGGACAGGGUUUUCAGUUCUUCCCUGCCUGUAGACUUGGCAACAUGAGACACACAAGACAAGAUGCACAAUUUUCUGGGGAAAUUAGCCAGGGAGAUGUGCAUGGAGAUAAGGAACCAAUGAGGAAUUGGUUGCUAAAAUGGUGCUUCACUGGCAUGUGCAAUUCUUCACAGAAACAUCUGGAAAUAGGCGAUCCGCUUUGGUAAAAACAAUUCGGAUGCGGAAAAUAAAAUGUUAGGAUGAGUAGAGGCGCAGUACUUCCCUUGACAAUGUAAGUAAGGGAAUAAAAUGUUUCUUCACUAUUCUCUUCACGGAAAGAAUAUAUAUAUAGUUGCUCAAUUGCAUGGAAA